UGGGAGGAGAGAGAGGAAUAUCGUCUUGGGUAAAGGGAUGGGUCAGCAGCCUGACCUUCAACCUGCACCAUUUUCCCUGGGGAAGGGGGCGGAGAGAAUGGUAAUUGGGAAUGAAUGAGGUUAGAGCAGCCUUGUCUCCAUAGAAGAGAAGAAGUUCUCUCAAGACCAGAGUUGUAUCUUUUUUUCUUUGACUCCAUGGACCAGAUCAAUUGGAAAUAUAAAUCUAAUGACUAGUAUCUUCAGAGGUCCUCCUGCAGUGAUUGAAUAGUAUCUGAGUUCCCUUUAGAAGAGGAAGAAAGAGAGUAACAGAAAGAAACAGACACAAAGAGAUGGACAAACACGAGUGGAGAGAAACAGAGAAAGAAACAGCCAGAACAGUGUGAGAGAGAGGAAGAAGACCUGGGCUUCAGCAAGUGGUGGAAUAAAGAGAAAGGGGAUCACUCCUAUUCCCUUCCCUGAAUUGAGGAUCGGCGAGGAUGCACUGAAUGUAGGAAAGAAGGACGGACUGUGGGUUACAUGUGAAAGCAGAGACCUCUCUAAUGCCUCAUGGGGACCCAUAGCCUGGCCAUGACCCUCUUUACCCUGGCAAGUCUCUUGUGGUUUCCACAAGUGCAAUGUGAGGAGGUCUGUGUGAACACUGAACAAUGCUCAACCACUAACUGGGUCCACCUCUGGUACAUCUGGCUAGUGGUAGCUAUUGGUGGGCUUCUACUCUUGUGUGGCAUAGUCUUAACCUGUGUGAGGUGCUGCUGCCUUAACUGUUGGAGGGCUGGAGAAGAACCAGUUCCUCACCCAUAUGAGGUUACAGUCAUCGCCUUUGAUCAUGACAACACCCUCCAGAGCACAAUUACAUCUCUCCACUCUGUGUUCGGUCCUGCUGCCAGGAGGAUACUGGCUGUGGCACACUCCCAUAACACUGUACAAGGAGCACCACCCCUUUGUGGAUCAGAAACGCCCCCAGUGUAUGAGGAAGCCCUACGCAUGAGCAGGUUCACUGUGGCCCAGGCUGGACACAGAGCCACAGACUUCGCCCCAAUACCAGAGGAAAAACAACAGGCCUCAGCUGAGAAAGAAAAUUCACAACCAAAUCUCCCGUGAUGCUAUCACUUCUGACUUUAUUCAGCAACAAAUGGGCACAUCUACAUGUGCACUUUACUGUACAUUAACCUAUUUAAUGCGCAUUAAAACAUCACUAAAAAACCAUGCUCUUUAGUUAACGUGCAUUUUCUUAGUACCUCACCAUGGAGCUACUAGAUUUAAUGAGCAUUGACUAAAGUGCAUUAAUGCACAUGUAGACAUUAAUAUUCAGGGAAAGAAUCUAGAUCUGUACUGACUGGGUACAGGACACGUUUGAUUUUUUCUCUGUUUUUGUCUAAAGUCAUGAACAAGGAAAGAAAAUAACUUGAUUUUCAGUUAGGCUAUAGUCCAGAGUAUUUUUGUAGAGCUCUCUUGUUCAGUCUCUGAGAGCUGGGAUUGUUAAUCAGUUAUUAAUAUCCAUUGUUACUAUUUAUUGCAUUUAUUACCCAUAGCAGUAAGAUGCUUAUUAUUGUAGUACCAAGCACCAUAGGUGGCACAUACAAUAAGCUGACAGUGCUGUACUGUUGAUGCACUCUAAUAGAAGAUGCAAAAACCCUGCACUGAGGUGCAGCAGCUUCUUUUGGAAGAGUACAGACACAAGAUGCUCCAUUUGGUGGGGUUUCUACAGUAAAUUCAGCCUGACUAUAAGGGAGGUAACAACGAUUCAUUAGUCAGAAGGGACAAGAGCGAUUUGAUGGG